AUGGCGCAACGAGUUCAUUAUCGUAAGCACAAUCACUACAACACAAAGUCGAACAAAGUGAGGCCCGUAAGGACACCCGGGGGCAAGUUAACUAUCCAUGUAGUGAAGAAGAAGGCCGGAAAGCCAAAAUGUGCCGACUGCAAAAUGCCCAUUCAGGGGGUUAAGGCCUUGCGACCAGCAGACAACCACCGAGCCAAGAAAAAGGAUAGAAAAGUUUCCAGAGCCUAUGGAGGUUCCAUAUGCGCAAAAUGCAUUCGGGAAAGAAUCAUGAGAGCUUUCCUUUUUGAGGAACAGAAAUGUGUGCGACAAGUAUUGAAGGAAAAGAAAAAACAGGAGAAAAAGGUGAAGAAGGUUAAAAAGGAAAAGAAAAAAGCAACAGCUAAGGAUGCAAAGAAGAAGACUACAACUGAUAACAAAAAGGUUGUUAAGAAGGUCGGUGAUAAGCGAAAGGCCAGAUAA